CCAGGAUGCAGAUUUUUGUGAAGAUCCUGACAGGGAAGAACAUCACUCUCGAGGUCGAACCCUCGGACACAACAGAAAAUGUAAAGGCCAAGAUCCAAGAUAAGGAAGUAAUUCCUUCUGACCAGCAAAGACUGAUCUUUGCUGGCAAGAAACUGGAAGAUGGACGUACUUUGUCUGACUACAACAUUCAAAAGGAGUCCACUCUCCAUCUUCUGUUGAGACUUCGUGCUGGUACUAAGAAAAAGAAGAAGUCUCACACCACUCCCAAGAAGAAAAAGCGUAAGAGAAAGAGGGUUGGGAAUUUCCUGGUGGUCCAGUGGUUAGGACUCUGCACUCUCACUGCGGAGGGCCCGGGUUCGAUCCCUGGUUGGGAAACUAAGAUCCCACAAGCCACACGGCCAAAAGAAAAAAAGAGAGAGAGAGAGAGAGAGAGAAAGAAGGUUAAGCUGGCUGUCCUGAAAUACUGUAAGGUGGAUCAGAAUGGCAAAAGCAGUCACCUUCAUCAGGAGUGCCCUUCAGAUAAAUGUGGUGUGGAGUUUUUAUGGCCAGCCACUUUGACACACACUAUAGUGGCAAAUGUUGUCUGACCUAUUGUUUCAACAAACCAGAAGACAGGUUAUUGUAUAUUGGUUAAUAAAAGACAUGAACUAAUGAACUAAAAGAAAAAAAAGUAUAAGACAUGGUUAUUUAGGCUCAGGCAGUACUAGGUAUGGAUUCAGACGCCCACAGGUUUGCAAAGCAGAGCCUAAGAACAAUACUCAGAUGAAUUUAAAGAUUUUUCUUUAAAUAAAAGAAGGGGAAGUUUAAAAAAAUGUAAUUAAAAGGCAAACAACAAACAAGGGAAAACAUCUGUAGUAUAUGUAGUCUAAUUAUACUAAAAGCCCUUACUAAUCAAUAAGAAAAAAACCAACGGCCUAUUAGAAAACCGACAGUGGGGCCUUCCCCUGUGGCACAGUGGUUAAGACUUGCAACGCAGGGGGCACAGGUUCGAUCCCUGGUCAGGG